CACGCGCGCGCACACAUGCAUUGUGUUUUGACGUCAAAAUCUAAUUCGUGUAAUCCUUUUGGAGUUGUAUUUUUCCUUCGUAUGUAAUUUUUCAAGAAGCAUACAAAGCCGCCAAAUCACUCUGGAGUCGUCAGAGGAGGGGCUACACACAAUGCAGUUCUGAGACCUGAUCCGUCGGACAUCUCGGUUAUACCUCCACACUGUGGCAGGCUCGAGCAAUAUACGCAUAAAAAACCCAGGUUGUUGCCGGCGCAAAGGGGAAUUUUACACUAAACUGCCGCGUUAGUAGCGAAUUGGGACGGGAAACACGGACAUCAGGGUUCUGCAUGUAGAGAGAGAAAGGGUUUCCGCAGCAGAGUCGCAUUGAUAAUACCAACUCGGUACAGUGUAUUAAUUAGGGUUUAUUAGUUACUCCAGGAGAAGAGCCUUGACUUGGAAAUCGUGCAAGAUGGAAACUCCUUGUCGAAAAGAUCUUACAGCGCCAGAAGGGUUUUUUCUAUCUUCGCUGGCGAAGUACAUUCUCAAGAGAGGGACGGGACUCCCAAGUUUAAGAUGAUGGACUCUUACGAAGGAAGUGGGGGAGCAGCGGAAACAUUGAAAUCUCGUAUAGACUGUCUUGCUGCCUUAAUGGGCUUCUGCGUGUUUUACAUUUUAAUCUCGGGCUGCAUGUUCUUUUAAUUUGUCAAGUGCUACAUAUAAACUGGUUGUAAACAGACAGCGAAUGACAGCCAGAACACACAGUGUUGAAAAGAAAGAAAGAAAGAACAAAGACUUUAGCCACCAUUGGACAUUAUAAAGCUCUUCUUCAAAGAGCAAAUAAUUCAAAGAGUAAAUAAUUCUGGCUUCAAAAAAUUAGUAGUCCAAGUGGAUGCAUAUUACUUGUAAGGGAACCUUUAAAUCCCUAAAUCAUUGGCCUUGGUGUGUUUUAAGGAGCCUAAUACCUGUGUGAGUUGAACAACAAAAUGGAAGAUGAUGGUUAUGGGAGUAGGAGCUCCAACAUCGGAAGUUCCAAUGUUAAUUUCACACCAGCCAACCUCAUCCUUAAUUUCCACAAUACGUCAAUGGCUCAGUGGGACAUGACAGAGCAGGAAAUGGUGCAUUUGCAGACUCGCCUCAGUCAGGAGCAAACAUACAGGAACUUCACCACCACAGUGCAGGUCUUGAUCUUCAUUGGCUCGCUCUUAGGUAACAGCGUGGUGUUGUGGUUCACCUGUCGCACGACUAUACUAAAGCCUGUCACCAACUGCUUGGUGAGGAACCUGGCGUGCUCUAGCGUGUGCGCGUGCCUGGUGUGCCUGCCCUCAGACAUGGUGCUGAGCGCCGGCUCACCAUGCUGCUGGAGGCUCCUCCCCCCUCUCCUCUGCAAGGUGGUCAAGUUCCUCCACAAGCUCUUCUGCUCCGUCACCAUCCUCACCUUUGCUGCCAUCGCAAUGGAUAGGUACUACUCCGUUCUGUACCCACUAGAGAGAAAGAUAUCAGAUGCCAAGUUCCGAGGCCUGGUCAUCUACAUGUGGGUGCACGGUGCGGUUGUCAGUUUGCCCGUGUUUGCCGUGAGCAACGUAGUGGAUGUCUACGCCGUGUCCGCGUGCCCGGACAGCCAGAGCUCCUCCUUGGGGCAUCUGGUGUACACCGUCACCUACAACGUGACCACCGUGGUUCUGCCGCUGGCCGUGGUCUUCUUCUUCCUCACGCUGAUCCGGCACGCGCUGAGCGCCAGCCAGAAGAAGAAGGCGGUGGUGGCGGCCCUGCGGACGCCGCGGAGCGGGACGUCCAUCCCGUACGUGUCGCAGCGGGAGGCGGAGCUUCACGCCACGCUGCUCUGCUCGGUCCUGGCCUUCAUGGCCUGCGGCGCUCCGUACGCGGCGCUGGUGGUGUACCGCUGCUCGCCGGGCGCCCCCCGCGACGUGCCCGUCUCCCUGCUGCUCACCGCCAUCUGGCUGCCCAAGGUCUCGCUGCUUUCCAGCCCGGCGCUUUUCCUCGCCCUCAACCGCCCGGUGCGCCGGUGCCUGCUGGGCGCCCUGGCGCGGCUGCACCGCCGCUACAGCCGACGCAACGCGGUGGGGGCGGAGGGCGGGGCCGGGGCCGGGGCCGGGGGGGCGGAGCCGGGGGCCCGCUCCGGCAGUCAGCUCCUGGAGAUGUUCCACGUCGGGCAGCAGCAGAUCUUCAGGCCGAGCGAGGAGGACGAGGAGGCCGCCGCCACGCUGGCCAGGCCCGGGGGGCGGGGGGAGGAGCCGCAGCAGGCGGUGGAGGUGGCCCUCGUACCCGUGGCCUCCCCGCUCUAUGGCUGCACCACCUCCGCCGCCCAGGUGGCCCCGGUUUCGGGCCCGGAGGCAGAGGGGGACAGGUACGGCGGGCAGGUGGGCUACGGGCCAUUCGAGCUGCCCCCACAGUGGCUCUCAGAGACCAGGAGCAGCAAGAAGAGGCUGCUCCCCCCGCUGGGCACCACACCCGAGGAGCUGAUCCAGACCAAGCAGCCUCGGGCCAGGCCAGAGCACAGGAUCAGCAGGAACAACAAGGUCAGCACCUUUCCCCCUGCAGAGUCUUGAGAUAGCACCCACCUGCUGACCACGCGUACCAGCAGCAUCCACACCCAGUGACCACACUUGAUGGACACGCCCACUUACAAUGGCAACUGUCCAUACCAACAAGAGAGGCCCAUGCCGACAGCAGCGGACCAUGCCCACACCCACUGGUGCCAACCAUGCCCAUGCCUGUUGAACUCAUCUACACCAUUUUACUGUCCACACUGAGGAGAAUGCUUCUUCUUUAAAGAUUUCCCAUCAAAACAUAACAGCCCUAUUUGUGUUACAGGAAUUGAAUCACACCUUAAUGAUUAACCAACUUAUUUAAGGUUGUGAAAACACAGGGAUUUGCAAGAGUUGGUAAACAUGGAGAAUAGGAAAAAGUAACUGUAUUAUUAUGUAUUAUUAAAUGAAAUAACAGGAUAUUUGAUUCAAAAUAAAUUAUAAGUUGACUGCUCUACCAUUCAAUAAACCUAUACAAAAUACAGGCCUUUUUUCAAUCAAAACAGUCCAGCUGUUUAUUUAUCCUUGCUUGAGCAUAGGACUUUCCACCAAAUUCCAGCGCUUUAAUUUUUACCCAUGAACCAACCAGCUUGGCCUGAUUUUCCAGUGAUUACCUCAAUGACUUUAGUUUGGUUUUUCCGAUAUCAAGUUCAUACUCCCUUUGCUAGGUUACAACUUUACCUAUCAAAGCAGCAUUAUAAACCCCUGCUCUUAGCCUAGCUGAGGAGGUUCUUGACACUGAAGAUGCACUUGAUUUUGUGUUCGGUUCAUGUGACCUCUGUGAAGCAACAGCGACAUUGUCAGUCGGCCAAAUUGUUUCCUGUGGCUUUAAAUCUGUUUUCAAUUUUGAAGCAGUCUCUGAUACCACGGGGAUGGGAACAUUUGAGUCAGCAUUGCUUGGCAACUCAAAAUCACCUGUAGUUUCUUCCAUCUAUGCUAACAAGUGUUCACUUGAAAACACUUCUUGAAAAGCAACAGUUUUCAUCAUACCAAAUUGAAUGAUUAACCUCUAUCCUCCACAGGCAACAUGUUCUGGUUCGAAACAGCCACUUGCAACUCCGUGAAUUCAGACAGCAGAAUAUUGAAUAUGAUAUGCCAAUAUGAUAUUUUGUAUCAUCCGUUCCACUCAUCAAUGCAUUGAUUUCAUUUGUUUACAUUGUCAACAUGCCAGUUUGCUUUGGUGAGGGCCAAUCGACUUGUAUAACCUUUGCUCAUAAACAACAGUUUCAGAAUCAAUAUUCACCAUUUUGUUUUCCAGUCAAUAACUGCUGUUCCUAUUUGGUACUUGUAUGGGAGACAGCUCGGGGAAAACCCAGUUACUGCUGAAAGUGCUGAUGUUAUUACCAGUAGUAGUAGGCGCUAGGCAGUCUCCCAUUUUGAUAGGAACACUGUGCUGUGGGAGAUUCUGACUUUUGUAUGCAACAUAAUUAAAAACCACAAUGAGCCUGGGCUUUUCCAUGACCGCUCCAUCUGAGUUGAUGGUUGCCUUGAUCAGCCAGUUGGGCAAAGAAUGGUGAUGUAGCAGGACACCUAGAAGAUCCCUAUUGUCUUGAAUACAUUCAGCAUCAUAAAUGUGAUUUAAUAGUAGCAUUUGAAACAUCUGUUUUAACUUUUAUUAUGUUCUGGCAAUUAA